AUGCAAUUCAAGUCUCUGCUCCUCCUGGCCUUCGCGCCAAUUGCAUUCGCUGCCAUCGCCCCCCGAGGCCUCCGCUCCAGCAACUACCUCAACCCUCACCCUGGCUACACUCCCCCAGCCUCAACCGCGACCCCAACUCCAACCCCAUCCUCCACCUCCACCUCAACGGUGACUCCUACUUCCACCCAAACCCCAACCUCCACCGCGACCCCCAAUGCUUCUCUGUCCAAGGUUGCUAGCAGCUCCACCCCCUUGAUCAAGGCCACCAGCGCCGCAGAGACCCAACCCGCCGCGACCUCCGCUCCGGCCACUGGCGCGGCCGCCCACCAGCUCCCCGGCGCGAUCGCCGCGGGUGCUGUCGCCAUUGCCGGUCUCCUCAUUAUCUAA